AUGAGUGCUUUAACAAAAAAUGAAAUAAAUAAAAGAAGAAUUUUCAUAUUUCUUUUAACAUUAUUAUUUCAUUCAUUUGAACAAUGGAUCAGAACAUUAAUACCAUUCCUACAAUGGGGACUACGUCCUGUUCCAGAUGUUUUUACAAUAUUAACAUUAAAUUCUAUUGGUGGUUUAGCAACAGCAAUUGGAACUUUUUUAACUGCUUAUUUUAUUGAAACUAUUGGUGGCAAAAAAACAGCUCUUAUUUGUACAUUAGUCAUUGGAUUUUAUCAAAUAAUUAUAACACAAACAUCAAACUUUUAUGUUUUUGGAGUAUAUCAAAUAUUAUUAAUUUUUAAUAAUAUGCCUACAGUUUUAAAUGUUUUAAUGGCAAACAUGUUAGGAGAGUAUGCUGAUCUUAAUGAAAUUACACAUUGUAUAACAGAACAAAAUAUUCCAUAUUCUGCUGCUAUGGCUUUAGGACCAUAUUUAGCAAUACAAUCACUUUUUAUUAUAUCACCACAUAUUACUAAUUCAGCUUUAGCAUGUGGAAUAUUACAUUUAUUACUACUUAUUCCUAUAAUUUUUCUUAUGCCUAGUGAAAAUACCGAAAAAUCUAAAAUAUUUACAUCAUCUAACAUAAAAAUAUAUAUUGAAUUAUUACAAAAUAAAAAUGUAUUUAUUACAUUGGCUUUAAUUGCAUUAAUAUACGGGCCAGCCUCAUGUUAUGAUCAAAUUUUACGCUUUCAAUUAUCAACACAUAUGCUAAUCUCACCUAAUAGUAUGUGCCUUUUAGCUUUUGUUGUUGGUUUAUCAACAUUAAUUACCUCAUUACUAAUUUUACCAUAUUUACACUCUAAAUUUGGUCCACAAAAUAUUGUUGUUUUUGGUGCAGGAAUAUUAUGUUGUUCAUAUUUAUAUUUAUCACAAGUAUCAGAAUUUAAUCAUUUUCUUCUUGGUUGCCCAUUACAAGCUAUAGGAUCAACAAUAACUAUAGGAUGUUUAACAGCUACACUUAUGGCAUCUGUUCCUAAAAUUUAUUUUGCUAAAGCUGCAGCACUUAAUAGAAUUAUACAAAUUACAUCAAUGUCAUUAACACCUAUUCUUACUGGAUAUUAUGUAGAACGAUCAGAAAUCUCCUUAAUAUGUUAUGUAGCAACAGCUCUAACACUUUUGUCAAUACCAAUAGUAUACAAGUUUGGAAAUUUUAUGAAGAUUCAUAUAAUGAAUUUACCAACAUUAUUAAGGAAUGAUUAG